AUGAGCAAUAUGAGGAAAAAGCCCCGGGUUCCCUUUACUAAAAAGUUUCCAGGGAUAGAUCCUAUGGCUCUCCGUUUGCUUGAACGUCUUCUUGCUUUUGAUCCUAAGGAACGGCCAAGUGCUGCUGAGGCCCUGACAGAUCCAUACUUUAAUGGAUUAGCAAAUAAUGAACGUGAACCCAUAGCACAACCUAUCUCAAAACUUGAAUUUGAGUUUGAGAAGCGGAAACUGGCCAAAGAUGAUGUCCGAGAAUUAAUUUACCGAGAGAUUUUGGAGUACCAUCCUCAAAUGCUAGAAGAAUACCUACAUGGAGGAGACCACAGCCAGAUGACCUUCAUGUAUCCAAGGGAAAGAGUAAUUGGCAAUAAACAUGGAGAUGGCAAUGCAGGUGAUAAGCUAGUGCAUGCCUCAGUGACGGAUGGCAUCAGCCAACCGGUCUUGAGUGCGAGAAGUUUGCUGAAGAGCGAAAGCAUCAGUGCUUCCAAGUGUAUAGGUGAAAAACCAAAGCAUGUCAAAGAUGGGGAAUCUGUUUUGGAGAGCGUGGAUGAAACAGUCGAUGAUGUGACGAAGAAAAUCCCUCAACUGAAAACCUGA